AUGGCGUCUGUUACGUCGUUGGACAAGGACCUGCGCAGUCUACGACUGUCCCGCUAUACCCCGCAGGCAGCUGCCGAAGUGCGCGACUGGAUCGAGGAGGUCCUUCAGGAACAGUUGGCCCCGGGUGAUCUCUUGGAUGCGCUCAAGGAUGGUGUGGCGCUAUGCAAGUUGAUCAACCUGGCCGUCUCGCCCGGCGUCAAGUUCAAGCAGUCAUCGAUGCCAUUCGUGCAGAUGGAAAAUAUAUCCCACUUUCUUCGCGCUUGCCAGAUCCCCCCGCUAAGCCUUCCGCCACACGAUAUGUUUCUGACAGUCGAUCUCUAUGAAGGCAAAGACCCUGCGCAAGUCCUACAAUGCAUCAUGUCCUUCAGUCGCAGGGCCAACGCUGUCCAACCCAGCAAGUUCCGCCGUACCAUCGGACCACAAGUCAACAAAGGUAGCGGUCUGAGUCCGAAUGUGACGGGUUCCAGCCAAGGGCCCACUACCCCCUCGCGGUUCCGUGGGGCCAGCCCGAGCUCGAGCGGACCCUCUACACCUGCAAAGUCGCCAAAUGUCAGUAGCUGGAGCAGGAAAACGGAUGAGAUUUCUACGGCACCUGCUUGGAAUAUUCACCAGUAUGGCUACAUGGGUGGGGCGGAUCAGGGCAAUCAAGGGGUGGUCUUUGGUGGGCGGCGCCAAAUUACUACUGCUGCCCCUGUGGUCCCCAGCCUGGCGGAGAAGGAGAAGCGCAGGCGUGAAGCGGAAGCGAGAGCACUCGUUGAAAAGCAGGAAGCGGAACAAACGCGCCAGCGACAGCGGGAAGCGGAAGAGGAACAGGCCCGGCUGGAGGAGCAACGAAGAUGGGAUGAACAGACAGACCGCCUGAGGGAGCAGGAGCGCCGCAAAGUUGAAGAAGAGAAGAAACGAUGGGACGAGGAGAAGCGGCAAUGGGAGGAGGAAGAACAGCGCCGUCUGAACGAGGAAAGAGAGGCCGAAGAGAAGUUCGAACAGGAAAGGCAGCGUAGGCGGAGCAUGGCCGACAACCGACUGAACGGUCAGUUCCUGAGCCAAUACCAAGCCAGCCAGGCGAUCCCUGCCAAAGCAGCGGUACCGCCAUCUGCUGAGUCCCAGGAAAGCCAACGCGUCAAGGAGCUGGAAAGGGAACUGGAACUUGCGCGCCAGCGAGAACUCCAGUAUCAACAUGAACGGGGGGACUUCAAAAAGAAAGAAGCCGAGCCUCCUCGUCCUCGACCGGUCCCUCCCAAGCCAAGCUAUGAUUUCUCGUCCCUCGAGCAAGAACGCCGGAUGCUUCGCACUGAAUGGCACAAAAACCAGGAUGAAACUUCUGCCCCGCCAACACCCCCUCGCCCAUUGCCUGAUCCCACCGCGGCCCAGAAAUCCGCUCAAACCUCCCCACGUCCGCUCCCCGAUCCCGUCGCAUACACUAACGCCCGCGAGAACCGUGUGGACCGCUUCCUCGCCUCCAACAAACCCCCCGUCGGACCGAAACCCGCGACCCACCGCCCAGCAGACUACAGUACGACCGCUGAAGUCGAUGCCGAAAACAGCCGCCGCGAAGCCGCACAGCAGAAGACCAAGGCCGGCGGAUGGGCGUCCAAGUCGCUUUUGGAGCGUGAAAUGGAGCGCGAACGUGAGCGCCAGCGCGAGUGGGAGGACAAUCAGAAGGAGACCGAGGAGGCGGCGGCCAAGGGCCUUGCGGAUCCGAGCCAAGGGUCCGGACCUGGAGGUGCUUGGAAUGUCUUCCAGUAUGGAUAUAUGGGCGGUGAUAACCAGAGCAGGGGCGGUCCUGGAUUGAGUAACUGGGGCGCUAGGCGGCAGAUCAUUGGGCCUAGACCUCCGCCGUAA